UAAUGAAGUGUAGCGAUUGUCAAAGAAGCUGGAAAACACGUGCGACCAAUGUGUCCUCUGAGAGCCGACCUGGUGAUCUGUGCCUUGUGCUACAUUGAAUAAGAAGAGACAGGGGAUGUCCGUGGGGGUCAGUGAAGAGUAACAGUCACAGUCUGUGCAGGAAACCCACAGAUUAACACAGACAGCAUGCAGACCCCCAUACAGAAAGAACCCUAGCUGUGGGAGCUGUGAGACUGUGUGUUUCAAGUGUAACCUGCUAGAGGGUGAAGAGUGCUGAUGACCAUGUUGGUCACUUCUAUGCCUCCUCACUGGGUCACCUCACCCCAGCCUCUGUGUGGAGCAGGCAGCUGUCAGCCCAUUCUUGUGACAGAUCUUUUGGACAGAGCUGCAAAAGUCUCUCAUCGCCUCCAUGCCCUCUCCACGGCCGCCUCCAACGAUCUGAAUAACCACUUUGCCCCUGCCCUUAAACUGGUAAUGAUGCGCCCUCUGUCUCUGUGCCACACAUCCUCACUGAACACGCCUGAAGAUAAAGAGCAAGUCCUCCAACUCAGCCAAGAAGACUUGCUCACGAUGGUUGCAUUGCUGCUGAAAUCCUGGGGCACCCCACUGCUGUACUUAGUCAAGGAGGCCCAGGAACUGCCUCACCCUGCCAACGACGCUCUACUGUGGAAGAUGGCUGAGCUGUCCCAGCAGACAGAAAACCUAGCAAGAGGGAUAGACAAGAUCCUCAACAAGCUCGACCCUACAGGCUUCCACAGCUUCUCAAAUGACCUUAUUUCGCCAUGGAGUGGAGGCCCUGGCCUGGAGAUGGGCAGCGACAAGAAGUCUCACUUACUCAACUUUCACUUCCUCUUAUCCUGUUUCCGUCGAGAUUCAAACAAGAUUGACAGUUUUGUGAAGCUGCUGCGCUGUAGGGCCACAAAGAUGCAUCCUGAAUCCUGCUGAGGCUGAUAGACAUCUAAAGAAAAUCUGGCCAAUACAGGCAUUUUAAUCCUGACAGUAAUAACCAAACAUGUAUAACAAAACAAUUGUAAGAUCUUUAAAAAAAAAAAAAAAAAA